UCCGUUCAUCGUCAUAAUCUAGGAGAACACUGUCGUAAACUGUUCUAACACGCAGUUGACGCUUGACAGCUGAUAUUAAUGGUGGCCUCUGGAAUAGCGCUCCACGCAAUUUUUCAAGACCUUGUUUCACCUGGUUAUAGAGCUGAUUGUUGUGACUUAACAAGACGUGUUGCUCGGUCUAUACACACGAUCAGGCAUCCUGUUACCUUGGGGUCCAAAGUACCAGAGUGUCCUGUCUUAUCAACUUUUAAAAUACGCUUGAUCCAAGCAACAACUUCGUGUGAAGAGGGAUUUGAUGGUUUAUCCAAGUUAAUACACCCUGAUUUAAUAUAUUCAGAUAGAUUGCGGUGAAGAGGCGUCGAACCACAUGUUAACGGAGUAAAAGUUUUGACAUAAAGGUGAUCUAGUACUCGAGUCUAUUGUAGGAAGACAUAUCAACUUGGUAAAAAACAAACAUACCUUAAACAACAAUGGCCAAUCGCUGACCUCCAAUUUGACCGGUGCAGUAGAUGGUUCGACUUGACAUUUCAUUGCCACUUGAAGUUCUCCAAGGGUCUUGUUUUUGUCCUUCUGUUUGCCAUUUUCUGUUUAAAUGGAGAGAGGUGGAAUAUAACCUUAUCAGUAAGCUUUUCAUUUUAUAUUAUAAAACAUUUAUUGUGACAGAAUGAGAUUAGAGUAAUAAUUAUGGUUGUCUGGAAUGUAUAAGUUGUUGGAAAAUAUCGUGUUGAAUGUAUUUAAAGUAGAUUCGAGAGUGUAAAAAUCUGAGAGAGCACGUGUCGCCGCAAGAUGUCUGCUCCAUGAUCAUAACAGAAAACAGACGAUUUAAGAUACAAUAAAAAGUAUGGUGGGUACAGUGGAUGAGGAUGUAUUUGUUUGCAAUACAUAAAUUAUAUUGUGAAAUUAAGUUCAACAAUAUUUACCUGUUUCUGCCAUCAUAAAAUCACUCACAGCACGUGCAUAGGCUGGUUAAUUUUCGGCAAGCUUCGAACGAAAGACGCUAACUACAAAGAAGCCACGAGAGCAGCGUGUGGUCCGUUGUAUCCCAUGGUUGCGAUGGCGCAAAGUAAUCUCGUUCGUAAAAAAACUACACUAGAUAGAGCUAUCUACAACUUCUUAAGGAUCUCUACCUGAAUGGUUGGUCCAUGGUUGUUGAUCUCACACCAAAAAAGAUACCUUCAGAUUCGUUGGAUAAUGGGAUUCCCCAAGUUUGCAAUACAACAUCCCUACCCCCUUUUCGAGAAUGCCCCGUUGAUGAUUAAGUUUUCCCUUUUUUCGUUCACUGGAGCUGGGGAACCCCACAUCAUUCAUUCGGUCUUUCAAGCACCCAGUCUGACUGCUUCAUAUUUUCUCGAGUACUGUGUGUUAGAGCUGAGCCAUUUUCAAGAUUAUUCAACGAGUUAUUUUUUGGCAAAAUGAGUCAUCAACCAAAAAGAAAUACCUCAUUGCAAUCAAAUUAUGGAACACAAAACUUUCAUAAGAAUUCUCAACGUGGGCGUGGUGCUUUCACAUUUGGUAGGAAUAACUCUGAGAGACUCACAUCUUCCAAUCCUGAGUCCAUUCCAGAAGUUAAUGCUGCCAAUUCUAAUCCAUGUAGCUCAGAUUUUGAGUUCAACAAAUCACUUGACAAUUCAUCUGAACUUGGACCAAGCUCAGUUAAAACUCAAUCAGGCACAUUUCUAUCCUCCACAAAUGAUGGAAUUGACAAAAAAUCAUGGGACGAGAAGCCAAAAGAAUCAUGCAUUAAAGAGAUCGAUGAUGACUUGUUCAGCGCGCCCGAUCAUGUUUGUCUGGUUCAUUGUGUUGCUGCAGAUUUCAGAAUGGGCUCAGGAAUUUCCGUAAUGUUUCGAAAUAAGUUCCAGUCUGUUGGAAAAUUAUUGGAUCAGAGAGUAAAACCAGGUGGCGUAGCUCACAUACAAAACAAGAGACACAUUUUCUAUCUGGUCACUAAAGAAUUAAGCUCUGAAAAACCUACGAAAAGAACAAUGAAAUCGAGUUUAGACGAGCUAUACAAAAAGUGUCGAAGCUUUCGUAUUACCGAACUCGCAAUGCCUAAAAUCGGCUGUGGUCGCGACGGGCUUAUUUGGGAUAAUGUGAAAGAGAUGCUAGAACAGAUUUUUAUAGACGAUUUCACUAUAACAGUCUAUAGUAUAGAAGAUAAAUCUAUUGAUACACCGACCUAUGGUUACAAGUCACGAGUUGAAAAUCAUUUCUCGUUCUUAAAGGAUGUACCAUCAGAAACAGGCCUAUUGUACAUUGCUAAUUUAAAGUCAGAAGUAUCAGCAGAGAUGAAGUCCCUACAUGAAAGGCACAAAUUUUUACAUUUGUUAGAUAAAAAGCGUAACAAGCUUGGCAAAGUUGAGUUUACUAGAGUUGGUUAUGAAAUAUUUUAUGGUCUCUUCUGCAAAAAAUCUGAAACCAGUCUACUAAAAUAUGAGUUCUUAGAAAACGCUAUUGACCACUUGAAAUAUCUUCACGAAAGAACGAAAAAUUCGUUUAAAUAUUAUGCCAUACAAGCGUUUAAAGAAAAAGGAGAUCCUUACGUAAUGGAAAAGAUUGACACAUUAUUUAGGAAUUCUCAAAUUUCUGCUACAUUCUGUAUUUGCUGGCCACCUUUCCUCGAACGUCCAGUAGCUCAGGACAUGAGUGACGUGGACAACAAUUACGAGAAAUUGCCCAUGGAAAUCGAAAAUACUAAAGAAACAAGAGUUGCGAUCAGACAGGAGAGUACCUCUAACACCGCUAUUGUAGACGAUUGGAACCCUGAUAAUUCUUUAGAGGACAUUUCUAGUGCUGCCAUGGCUAAGAACGCUUGUGUCGAAAAUGAGAGAAGACAAAGCAAAAUUAAAAAAGAUGCUGAAAGAAUAGCUGAACAAGGAGAAAAACAAAUCAGUAAAACUCCUCUCAGGCCUCAAUCAUGCGUCACAGAAUACAAUGGUGAUUUAUUUGAUGCUGAAAAGACAGUUUGUCUGGCUCAUUGCGUCGGUGCCGAUUUUCGAAUGGGUUCAGGGAUUGCAGUACUUUUCAGACAACGCUUUGGCAAAGUUGAAGAAUUACUCCAACAGGGAGUAUACCCGGGAGGUGUAGCCCAUAUCAAACACGAGGAGAGAGAUAUUUUUUAUUUGGUGACCAAAAUGGAAAGUACUGGCAAACCAACAUAUGAUACGUUGGAGAGAAGUUUACAUGCACUGCAUAAGAAAUGCAAAGAAUUAAAUGUCACUGAGCUGGCUAUGCCUCGAAUUGGAUGCGGGCUUGACAGACUUGAUUGGAAGAUCGUGAAAAAUAAAUUAGAAAAAAUAUUUGCGGAUGGUUUCACCAUAAGGGUUUAUAAUUUGGAGAGACCGUGGGAACGGUAUAGUAACAUGUAUCUUUCAACGGGACAAAGAUCAGAUUCACGGGAUGAUAAUCUGUACCAACCGCCUCAUAGGCGGUUGCUAGAUUCUCAACAGUCGUGGACUUCCAACAAGCAAGGGAUGAUGCAGAUCUUACAGAACGAAAGAAAAAUACAUCAGGAUCGUGAAGCACAGCUACGUGCUCAAAUAUACGAAUUGGAAACGCAGGUAGCCAAUCUGAAAUUGGAUAAAGAGAAUUUAGAAAAAAAAGUUGAAUCGCUAGAAAAAGUAGUGGUUGAACCCAGUCUACUGGAAUACCUUAAUCCGUUGGGUCGAGGAUAUGGUAACCCAUUCAACAGUAGUAACUUCAGCCCCGCUUGUCCUGGUAUGACUCCUGUUUUAAUGCCACGAUAUGUAGGCCCGCAUAUUUUGUCGACCAAUUAUAACAACAAUCCCGGAGUGAUUACAAACGCUGCCAAUGCUACAUUCGGCUUGCCGAUGCACCAGUUUCAAAAAUUUAGUGAUUCUGCAAUUCUAUCUACUGUUCCCCCUCGGAUAAACCCACCCUUCUUCGUGCAGACUGAUAAACAGUCGACAGUUUUUCAUCAGCGCAACGAGGCGAUAAGACAUUGUCUUAAUGAACAUACAAACGAAGAACAGGCUGAUUCGAGUGAAACCAAAAGACUUAAGAAAGAGCCAUCUCAGGUGGGAGAGUGAUUACUUCAAGAUAUUGGGGAUCUAUUAUAUUAUUAUAGUAAUUCAUUUUCUACAAGAAGGCCGAAUUAUCAGUUGAGUAAGUUCGGAAUAUCGGUUGAUUAUUAUACGUAAUUAUUAUUGUAUUAAUUGUGAUCUGACAACUUUUCCUGUAUACAAUACAAAAAAUAAGUGUA